AUGCUCAACGGAAGGAACAUAUCCGAAUGCACCAGCUACGUUUAUCUGGGUCGGGAGUUGAACAUGAUGAACGAUCUGACUCCCGUGCUGGGCAGGAGGAGACGAGCGGCUUGGGGAGCGUAUAGGAUCAUCGAGGAUGUAGUGAAGAAGACCAAGAACAUUCUGCUCCGUGCUCACCUCUUCAAUACCACCGUACUUCCUGCUUUGACCUAUGCUUCGGAAACCUGGGCAUUUUGCAAGCAGGAAGAAAAUGCGUCAUUGAACGCGCAAUUGAGAGAGCGAUGCUAG